UGUCGUCACUGACCUUCCUCCAGUUCCGAUUACCACAGAGAGAGAGAGAGAGAGAGAGAGAGAAGAGAGAGAAUUAGGGUUAGGGUUUUGGAUAUGACUAUGGACAGAGAGAAGGAGAGAGAGAUAGAGCUGGAGAGUGCAAUGUACACUAACUGUUUGCUGUUAGGGCUGGAUCCAGCCGUUAUCGGACCCGGAGCCCCGAACGGCACUACUCCUCGGGUCGGGUCAUUCCGCCACUCCAAUCCUAAACUAGGCGAGCAGCUCCUCUACUUCCUCCUCUCCUCCCUCCGCGGCCCAAUUCAAUCCGCCAAGGAUUUCGAUAAGGUCUGGCCAAUCUUCGAUUCUACGCAAUCUCGCGAUUUUCGCAAGGUUGUGCAAGGGAUCAUCAGUGAGCUCGAAUCGCAAGGGGCGCUUCCCAAGAGCAAUUCCAGGGUUUCGUCACUUGCUACAUGUUGUGGACCGAGGUUUGUGGAGCUGUUGUGGCAGCUCUCCUUGCAUGCUUUGCGAGAGGUUCAUAGGCGGACAUUUUCAGCUGAUGUAGCUUCUAACCCUCUUCCCGCAUCAUUGACAGAUGUGGCCUUCUCACAUGCAGCCACUUUACUUCCUGUUACAAAGGCUAGAAUAGCACUAGAACGAAGGAAGUUCCUUAAGAAUGCCGAAACAGCAGUAAAGAGACAGGCCAUGUGGUCGAAUUUGGCUCAUGAAAUGACAGCAGAAUUCCGUGGUCUUUGUGCUGAAGAGGCUUAUUUGCAGCAAGAGUUGGAAAAAUUACAUGACCUUAGGAACAAAGUCAAGUUGGAAGGGGAACAUUGGGAUGACCUGGUAUCUAGUUCAAGUCAGAAUUCCCAUUUAGUAUCCAAGGCUACUCGUUUAUGGGAGUCGAUAUUAGCUCGUAAAAGUCAACAUGAAGUUCUUGCUUCGGGUCCUAUCGAGGAUUUAAUAGCUCACAGGGAGCAUAGGUACCGCAUUUCUGGUUCUUCUUUGCUUGCCGCUAUGGAUCAGAGUUCUCAGGUUCCUUGUGCAGAUGUCUUAUCUGUCCAGUCUGGUGUUUUUACUCCGACACAUGUAGAUGAUAAAGAACAGAGUGAUGGAUCAUAUGUCAAUGUGAACGGAGAAAAGAUGAAGAAUAAUUUAGAUUCAUCACAUUCACAAGUAAAUGAUGAAACUCUUCAUCGAGCAGAUGAGAGAAGUGGAAGAGUGCACACAACAGUUGAUGUGGCUGAAAUCAUUAGGCGUUGGACACACGCUUUACAGCGUAUUCAUAAACAGUCACUUCAUAUGGCAAAAGCUAAUGAGGGUGAGGGUCCAGAAAUUCUAAGAAGUGCACAUGAAGGCACUUCCAGUGGUCAUGCCGAGUCAUUAGCUGCAACACUUGCUGAACAUCAGCAACACUUGGUUAGCUUUCAGGUUCUCAUUAAUCAACUGAAGGAAGUUGCUCCAGCAAUACAGAAGUCAAUAUCAGAAUGUACAGAUAAAGUAGAUAGCAUUUCCUCGAACCUGCCCCCAAUGACUAAGCAUCCUGGUCGCUCAAUCUCACCUAGUCAAGCGCAGAGCAGUGGAAGGACUUUGGAAAGCACUGAUGAUGUGGCUGAAGUGACUUCAAAAUUGUCUACCUUUCAGCUUGAAAAGGUGUCAGCCAGUCCACCUGCUCUAAAGCUCCCCCAGUUAUUUAGCGUGACACCUAGCUCUCAUAAGCGCCUUGCUCCAGCUGCUCAAAUAAGCGAACUAGAGAACUUUUCUGAAAGAAAACCUUUGGAGCAGCCUCUGUCGAAUAAUCACAUAGACAAUCUGCCACAAGACAGUGAUAGCCAUUAUGUCCAAAAUUUAAAGAGAUCUGUUAGAGAAGCUGCUUUGUCACGGAAGUCCUUUCAUUCCAAAUCGUCACAAGGCAGUCAUUCUGAUGAAAGCUCAGAGCACUUUUUCAUGCCUCUUUCCUCAUCUGGGUUUUCUCGUCUGGGUCCAGAAUCUAAAGGGGCUUCGUUAACUAGUUCGCUUCAUGGUUUUGACCAAGUAAAUGGGUUUCUAUCAGUUACGGGUUCAAACAGUGCUGCUUCUGAUACACAAAGAUUGUUUUAUGACUUUGAGGAAGCUCAGGAGCAGGUCUUCUCACCUCCUUUGCUAAUAGAAGAUGCUUAUGAAGACUUACUGGCACCGCUUUCAGAAACUGAAGCAGCAUUAAUGGAGCACUGAAAUUGGUUGAGGAACAAUUUGGUUGCCGUAUCUUGGGACACUAAACUUACCACUUUCCUAAUAAUUGUCGCAAAUAAUGCUUGAUGUUGUGUACAUUUUCACCCUCCAGCCCAGCACAGUUAGUUUGUUGGAGGGAAUUGUAAAACCAACUAGCAGUGCUGCUGUACAUGCUUAUUGCUAGGAACCGAGAUGAUUGUAUCAUGUUGAAACCGGAGCAUAGAAGCGAAAGAAAUCUACAGCUCCAAGCAAAGUUUUGGGAAAGACAGUUUGUUGUAGUGUUUUUGUCCACAGAUGUUACCUAGGAAGAACUACUACUACAUCUGACCGAUGGAUCUAUAAGUUAAAGAAGGCUUGUAAAUUGCUCUUGCAAUUCUUAGUCAGUGUGCCGCCAUACUUGUUUCUCCGAGUAUCGUGAUUUUUAAGUUGUAUUGCCAAGAUUGAUUGUUGGUAUGGUAUGUAUCCGAUUAAUUUGAACACAUGUAUGUUCCUCAAAGCCCCGAACAAUAGAAAUGUAAAUUUGUUGU